UCCUCUUCAAGCUCUCUUCUUCAGAGAAUACGAAGUUGGGAAAAAGAGAAGGGGAGGGGGAAGUCACCAUCUCCUCGGGACUGAACGCGCGGAGGAAGGUCUGCGGCGGCUGGAAGAAACAAAAGAAAAGCUUGCACGGGCUGCCGCCGCCUCGGAUUCCUCGUCCUUCCAUCCCGCAGGGUCGCCGAGCGGGGAUCCCGCUUGCUUGCAAAGGGCACACACGCCGCCGCGAUGCGCUUCCUUUCCUGGCCGCCGGUUCUUCUGGGGCUCGCCCAACUACAGGCUUGCAUCUACUGGGGCUGCCUGCUCUGGCUGCCGGCGGGCGGCCUGCCGCAGAGGAACCCGCCGCCACCCCCUCCCGCCGUCUGGCAGCAAAGGAUUCAGUGGGAGAACAACGGGCAGGUGUACAGCCUCCUCAGCGUGGGCUCCCAGUACCAGCCCGCUCGGCGCAGAAACAGCCAAGAGCCUGCGCAGGGCGGCCACGUUUUGCUGCUCAGGGGCAACAGCACCUCUCCGCGCAGGGCUCAGGGGGCAGCUACUGAAGCUCCCGCCAGGGGCAGGGGCGCCGGCUCCAGUUCCAGGCGGCCGGAGGCACAGCACUGGUUCCAAGCCGGCUACCAGCAGCCGAGCAGAAGCAAUGGCGGCGGCACCGGGGGCGACAGGGGCCAACCGAGCGGCAGCCCGCAAGGGGCGCCGCGGAGCAGCUUCCUCGAGAGCGCCACCUCGAGGCCGGGCAACGGGACUGGCCCGCCUCCUCUGAGCAGCCUUCGGCCGCCCCGCCGCGAAGACGCCAUGGUGGGAGACGACCCCUACAACCCUUACAAGUACACGGACGACAACCCUUAUUACAACUAUCACGACACCUAUGAGCGGCCCCGGCAGAGCAGCCGCUACCGGCCGGGCUACGGCACAGGCUACUUCCAGUACGGUCUUCCUGACUUAGUGCCAGAUCCCUAUUACAUCCAAGCAUCCACCUAUGUCCAAAGAACAUCCAUGUACAACCUGAGGUGUGCUGCUGAAGAGAAUUGCCUGGCAAGCUCAGCUUACAGAGGAGAUGUCAGAGACUAUGAUAACAGAGUGCUUCUGAGAUUCCCUCAGAGAGUGAAAAAUCAAGGCACAUCAGAUUUCUUACCAAGCCGUCCACGAUACUCAUGGGAGUGGCACAGCUGUCAUCAACAUUACCACAGUAUGGAUGAAUUCAGCCAUUAUGACUUGCUUGAAGCAAGUUCCCAUAGGAGAGUGGCUGAAGGACACAAAGCAAGUUUUUGCCUUGAAGAUACUUCUUGCGAUUAUGGAUACUAUAGGAGAUACGCAUGUACAGCACACACACAGGGACUGAGCCCUGGCUGUUACGACACAUACAAUGCUGACAUAGACUGCCAAUGGAUUGAUAUUACAGAUGUAAAACCUGGAAAUUACAUUUUAAAGGUUAGUGUAAACCCUAGCUACUUGGUACCAGAAUCAGACUAUUCCAACAACAUUGUACGUUGUGAUAUCCGCUAUACAGGUCAUCAUGCGUAUGCCUCUGGCUGCACAAUUUCACCAUAUUAAGAUGAAAGAAAAUUUAUUCAUCGGUACCUGAGGUUUUGAGAUGCAAUUAUUUUAUAAACUGAGAUAGGAUGUAAAAACUUUUGAAAAUAUAUAUGCAAAGAAUUUUAA